AUGGGAGCUGCCCACUCGGAGGCCAUCGACCAAGACCUCGCCGAUCACACUAGACCACGAGCACCGGGUUUGCGAGUCGCCUUGCCGAAACUUCAAGUGCCCGUAUUCAGCGGCGAGAACCGUGAGUGGCAGGGGUUCUGGGAGCUCUACGAGGCGACCAUUCACACGCACCCCGAUCUCACCGGUAUCGAGAAGUUCAAGUACUUGAAGACAUACUUGGCCGGCGCUGCGAAGCGGGCCAUUGAAGGAAUAAGCCUUACAGAAGCGAACUACAACAUCGCCGUCAAGUUCAGGACCGGCUGUUUGGAAAGUCUUGGCAUGCUGUCUUCAGAGUACGCGGUUGUUUUGCACCGGGUGCUGAUGCGCUCAUUGCCAGAGGACCUGGCGAUCCAGUGCCGAAAGCGCACAAAGACCGGCGCAGACGCCGCGGACUCUGCAGUCCAAUCGAGAGACGAGCAAGUCAAGGCAAUCUUGAAGUUCCUUCAAGUGGAAGUCGAAAGUAGAGAGGAGAGUCGAGCAUCACGCGAGAAGGCCACUUCAGGGAGACCGUCGACGAACCGCAAGGCUGCGGAAACCUCAUCACCGCCACAUCUACCGUCCGCUCUAGCCCUGACAGCACGGUCAUCAUCGCCAGGUGCCACUUCAAGGCCUGCACAGACAAUAUGUCCCCUCUGCGACAUCUCAGGCCACUUGACGCAAGAUUGCCGGGCCGCGCUAUCCGCAGAAGAAAAGCACCAGCGCCUUUCCAGCAAUAGCUGCUGCUUCAGGUGCGGGAAGCAAGGGCAUAUUGCUCGCAGUUGCCGAACCGCAGCCUGGCUUAAGUGCGACCGAUGCUCAGGACGCCAUAUUUCAGCUCUGUGCGAUAUCUGGGGCCGACGAGGAUCCGAGAGUCCACAAUCGGCUGGAGCUGAAAACCGAGGCGGUCACACAGCGAGAAAAGCACGUAACAACGGCUCCUGCUAG